AUGCAUAUCAAGGUGAGCACACCCUCACAAUGAACCGUGCAUCGAGUGGUGUUGCUGAUCCUUUCGUUCUGACAUUGCUCACAGAGUCUCAAGGUAGGUCAUCUCCUCGCUCGACGCGCCUUUCAUUUACUGACAUCCCCCCACGCGUCCCAAAACCAUCCUGUAACGACCCUGACAUCGCCGUCACCAGAUCCAAGGCUUCAAGUCGUACCGAGACGAAACGAUCGUCGACCCCUUCUCGUCAGUCGCACCUUCCUCUAGAGACGUGAGCUCUCGGAAACCCAACUCACCCGAAUUGACAUCUUCACGCUCGCUCCACAGUUCCGGCCUAAAUCUGCUCGUCGGACGCAACGGAUCAGGAAAAUCCAACUUCUUCGCCGCGAUUCGUUUCGUCCUUUCGGAUGCAUACACCUCCCUGUCGAGGGAGGAACGUCAGACGCUCUUGCACGAUGGAUCGAACGGUGGAGCCGGCGGCGGCGCGACGAUGAGUGCUUUCGUCGAGGUCGAGUUCGAUAAUGCCGACGGUCGAUUCCCUACCAGUAAGUGUAUCUGACGUGUUUUUUGUCUUCAACACGCGUUGCUGAUGGACCUCGUCUCGCUGUCUCUCAACCCUAGACAAACCGACCCUGUUGUUGAGGCGAACGAUCGGACUCAAAAAGGACGAGUACCAGUUGGAUCGCAAGUCGACUUCAAAGGGUGAAGUCAUGUCCUUGCUCGAGUCGGCUGGGUUCAGUAGGAGUAAUCCUUACUACAUCGUCCCCCAAGGUCGAGUGAGUCUUUUUUCCCAAGCUUUUUCUAGACCGUACUUCGGCACGGGGCCUCACACCGGAUGUGCUACCGCGCAGAUCACCCAUUUGACGAACCAAAAGGAUUCGGACCGGUUGGCGUUGCUGAAAGAAGUCGCUGGAACCCGCGUCUACGAAGAACGACGCGCCGAGUCGAUGAAGAUCAUGGACGAGACCAGUCAGUUUUUGGUGCGCACUCGGUCGUCCCGAUCCGAUCUCCGUACCCUGAUGCGUCGAUAAUGACCUUGUUCGAUAGAUCUCAAAAAGGGCAAGAUUGCCGACCUCUUACAAUUCAUCUCGGAACGAUUGGACGAACUCAAGGAAGAGAAGGAGGAAUUGGCCCAGUUCCAGACACAGGAUCGACAGCGUCGAAGUCUCGAAUAUGCCAUCUACCAGAGAGAACUGCAAGAUGUCGCGGAGGCGUUGGAACAGGUCAGUGGUACAGAGUCGCUUUCUGCAUUCUCACUGGGUAGCGAUUGAUGGCUGAUCGCGCGGCUGUGAUCACUUGAUAGAUUGAGGAAGAACGACGAAGGGACGUCGAUAGUGCCAACACGCGAAGAGAGGAGACGAACGAGCGCGAGAAGGCUGCCGCCGUACGCGAUUCGCCUAGCCUCAUUUCUAGUACCGAUCAAAAUGCUGACCUCACUAUUCCCCUUGCUUUUGUGCUCGCUAGGAACUGGAAGCGACGCUCACCGCGACGCGUCAACGACUCGAGAUCCUUAGGAUCGAGCACCGCGAAGCCAGCGACGAGAGGUCCGAUUUGACCAAGUCCCAGGCCCAGGUCGAGUGCAUCGUGCGGGAUGCCGAGGACGCGACUCGUUAGUACUAAGCGAUUCCAGUUAAGGCUGCUUAAAAUAUGCUGAUGGUCGUGUUCCUUGGUCACGACAGACCGAGGAGAAGAACGCCUCCACGAGCUCGAACAAGAGCUCGAACAGGUCGAAGGCUCGAUCAACGAAGCCGAGACCGAACUGAUGGAAGUCACACCUCAAUUUGAGGACCUGUCCCGUUCCGAAGCGACGACUCGACAAGCGCUCGAGACGGCUCAAACGACUUUGGGUGUCUUGCAUGCCAAGGAAGGGAGGAGAAACCAGUUCCGGACCCAGGCUGAACGGGAUCGUCACUUGAAGGCUUUGGUAGAAGGGCAUGGGAAGGCGAUUCAGGAGAGGGAGAAGGGGGCGCAGGCUUUGGAGGCGGAUUUGGAGAAGGCCAAGGAGACACUAAGUGCGAUUCAGGAGGGGAGUGCGGAGGUGAGGAAGGAGUUGGAUGGGAGGAAGGAGGCGAUCAGGGAGAUGCAGACCAAGUUGGCGCAGCACAAGGUUGCGCAGGCUGAGGCGGUCGAGAAACGAAAGUGCGUGGUUUGAGGCGCGCAUCGGGUCCCGGAUGUUAGCUGAUCGAUGGCGCACUUUGACACAGGGACGUAUGGAAGGAAGAUGCCAAGCUCGAUUCACAGUUGCGUCACGCGAUGGAACAGCUCAAGACGGCGCAACGCAACCUCUCUGCUACAGUCGAUCGAGACACCGCUCGUGGGCUUGCCUCGGCUCGGGCGAUCGCCGAACGUCUCGGCUUGCAAGGUUACCAUGGCGCCUUGUUUGAGCUGUUCACGGUUGAAGAUAGGUACAAGGUCGCUGUGGAGGUGACGGCUGGAACUAGGUGCGUCUUUGAGAUGUUUACAUCAGGGCAUCGGGGGGCGUAUAACUGAUUUUGAGAGUACGAUCGGACCGCCCAGCUUGUUCCAAAUUGUUGUUGACGACGACGACACGGCGACACAGAUCCUCGACGUCAUGAUCAAGGAGAAAAGUGGUCGCAUCACGUUCAUGCCUCUGAACCGCUUGCACCCUCAGCAGAUGGAGUACCCCGAAGGCAACGAAGCCGUCCCCAUCAUUGAUCGACUUACAUUCGACGCGCAGUACCGCCCUGCGUUCCAACAAGUAUUCGGCAAGACGCUCGUGUGUAAGAGUCUCGAAGUCGCGGGUCGUUAUGCCCGUAGCCAAGGAUUCAACUCGAUCACGUUGGAUGGUGACAAGUACGAUCGCAAAGGCUCCUUGACGGGUGGAUACCACGACCAACGACGCUCUCGCUUGGACGCGGUCAAGAACCUCAAGGAAUGGGAGGGAAAGGUCGAUCGAUUGUCAGAGGAGAGGGAAGAGAUUAAGCGCACCAUCACGAGGUUGGAUCAGGAAGUGACCCAGUUGGUAGGGCAGAUCCAAGUCGUCGAAGGACGACUGGCACGCACACACGAGGAGCGCGAACCGAUGGUCAUGGCCUUGAUGGCAGCUCAAGCGGACGAGGAACGCCAACGUGCUCGUAUUCAUAAACUCGAGACGACGUUGACGACCUUGCGCGCCGAUGCCCGCAAUUUGACGCAAGAGAGGGAUGCGUACCAAGCCGAACUGCGCACACCCAUGGUCCAGUCCCUCACGGCGCAGGAACAAGCUCAAGUCGCGCAGCUCAACGUCGAGGUCGAUCGAUUGAAGAAAGAACUCGCUCGUCUUUCGGAGAGCUUGGCUGACGUUGCGGGAAGGAAGAACUUGUUGGAGAUUGAUCUGAGUGAGAACUUGAGGCGACGGAGGGAGGAGCUGAGGAGUCGGAUCGAAACCUUUGGGACGGGCGGGGCGGCGAAGGAUGCGCAGGAGGGAACGGGGGAGGACGUCGAGCUUCGCAAGAGGGAGUUGAAGGCUUUGGGGAAACAGAUCGAGGACUUGACGUCCAAAUUGGAUGGUGCGUGAUGCUGAAGGUCUUAUGAGUCCUUGGGGUACCCGAGAUCGAAUCUAGCUAACAAACUCCGAAAUACGUCCGCUGUGCACAGACAUUGAAACCGAGACCGAAAGCCUCAACGCCCAAGUCGCCUCACUCGAAAAGGAACGCGAAAAGAAGGAGGCACAACACGCUGACGACCAACGUACGAUCGCGAGGCAACAGAAGAAUGUAGAGAGGUAUCUGCACAAGAGACAGAUAUUGAUGCAGCGCAAGGACGAGUGUAACAAGAAGAUUCGAGAUUUGGGCGUGUUGCCGGAGGAGGCGUUCGUCGAGACGACGGUCACAUCGGAGAAGGUGCGUAGGGCAAAGGGGUAGCCUCUCGGGUGUAGAAGGAUGCUGACUUGUGUGUUUUGCCGCGUCUCGUGCAGCUCCUCAAGCGGCUUCGCAAGGUCAACGAAGCGCUCAAGGCAUUUUCGCAUGUCAACAAGAAGGCAUUCGAGUGAGUGUGCGUGUUGGCGUAUAUUCAGAGAUUCGGGCACUGAUUUCGACUGCGUGUCAAAUUUGGUCCACACACAGACAAUUCACGAGUUUCACAAAGCAGCAAGCCGAUCUGACAAGUCGUCAGGAGGAGCUCGAUGAGUCGGCUAAAUCCAUCACGGACCUGAUCGACACGCUCGAUGCGCGCAAGGACCAAGCCAUCGACCGCACGUUCAAGCAAGUCGCCGACAACUUCCGCACAGUGUUUGAGAAGCUCGUGCCCGCAGGAAAGGGAGAGCUGAUCAUGCAACGAAGGGAAGGACUGAGAGGCGAUGACGAGAUGGAUGUCGAUGAGGAUGAGGAUGAGGCUGAGGAUGGGGUGGCAGUGGAGAACUUUGUUGGGGUUACGAUUCGCGUCUCGUUCAACUCGAAGACGAAUGAGGGGCUCAAAAUUCAGCAAUUGUCCGGUGGACAGAAGGCUUUGGUCGCUUUGGCUAUGAGUGAGUCUAUAAAGUACGAUUGGUCGGAGCACUGAAGUAUGGUGCUGAUAUCGCUUACUUCUGCGCUUCACCUUGCAGUCUUCGCCAUUCAGAAAUGCGACCCCGCACCGUUCUACCUUUUCGACGAGAUCGACGCCAACCUCGACGCCGAUCGACGCACCGGGGUCGCAGCCAUGAUCGGCGAACUGUCCCAAACCGGUCAAUACAUUUGCACCACUUUCCGACCCGAAAUGAUCCCUCACGCCGAUGCGUAUUUCGGCGUCAUCUUCAACGCGACCAAGAUUUCCAACGUCAAGAAGCUCACCGCCGAUCAGUGCGGCGAGUUCAUUGAGGCGGCUGAACAAGUUAGGGCUUAA